AUGGGAAAUAGUGAUUCCUUUCCCAUGUUUGGUAAUGCCGGGAAAGUACGAGUACUCUUCGUUCUCUCAGUCCUUUCGCUUUUAGCGUCAUGGACAACUUCAGAUCCAGUUCUCACUGGCUUCCUCCAAUGCCUUCCCAAGCAACCUCAAUCUGCCUACCCAAUCUUUGAAGCCAUUUACACCCAUGAAAAUACCUCAUUUCAAUCUGUUUUGUUGGCACUCAUUAAAAACCGCAGAUACUUUACACCUACAACUCCAAAACCUUUGGCUAUUGUAGCACCCACGCAUGAAUCCCAAGUCCAAGCAACCGUCAUUUGCGCAAAACGACACGGGUUGCAAAUUAGAAUCCGAAGUGGUGGCCAUGAUUAUGAGGGCUUAUCAUACGUAUCGGAUCUUCCCUUUGUUGUUCUUGACAUGUUCAAUCUUCAAUCCGUUGAUAUGAAUCUUGAAGAUGAGAGUGCUUGGGUUCAAGCUGGGGCUACUAUUGGUGAACUUUACUAUGCAAUUGGACAGAAAAGUAAGGUUCAUGGGUUUGCAGCUGGAUCUUGUCCAAGUGUUGGUAUUGGUGGCCACUUUAGUGGUGGUGGGUAUGGUCCACUUAUGAGAAAAUAUGGUCUUACAGUGGAUAACGUUGAAGAUGCUAAACUAGUGAAUGUGAAUGGUAGAAUCCUUGAUAGAAAUACAAUGGGAGAAGAUCUUUUUUGGGCCAUUAGAGGUGGUGGUGGAGCCAGCUUUGGAGUCAUUCUUUCAUGGAAGAUCAAGUUGAUUCGAGUUCCACCUAAAGUGACCAUGUUCAAUGUUAGAAGGACGUUGGAAGAAGGCGCUACCGAUGUGCUCCAUCAAUGGCAAUUCGUUGCACCUAAGCUCCCUGAAGACAUCUUCAUUAGAGUAGGUAUACAAGUCAAGAAUAGUAGCCAAGAGGGGAAGAGGACAGUGCAAGUAUUAUUCACUGGUCAGUUUUUGGGACAAAGUGACAAGCUUGUUCCAUUGGUAAAUGAGCGCUUCCCUGAAUUGGGUUUACAACAAAAAGAUUGCUUUGAAAUGAGUUGGAUAGAAUCCACUGUGUUCAUGGCUGCUUGCCCAAUUGGAACUCCAAUAGAUGUUCUACUUUCUAGGCCAAAGGCGCCAGCAAUCUUCUUCAAGAGCAAGUCUGACUACGUGAAAGAACCAAUUCCAAAACAUGGUUUCAAAUCCAUAUGGAAGAAGCUGAUUAAGAUAGAGAAAGUGUGGAUGCAAUUGAACCCCUACGGUGGAAGGAUGAGUGAGAUUUCUGAGUCAGCAACUCCAUUCCCUCAUAGAGCUGGAAACCUAUAUUCGGUUCAGUACUUUAUAUCUUGGAUGGAAGAAGGGAUUAAGACCACCAAUCACUAUAUUAAAUUGUCGAGAAAAUUGUAUAAAAGAAUGGCUCCUUUUGUCUCUAAGAACCCACACAAAUUUGCAAAACUAUAG